AUGGAGGUCCAGGCAGAGUUGGCAGCAUAUGGCACUGCAGACCACAGCCAACAGAUGAUGGAAGGGGAGGAUAAAAGCUGCUCCCUGGACCAUUCUCCCACACUGGAUGCCUUCCUGGCUCCAAUGUUGGGCGUGGAAUUUGCCCUGGGCCUGGUGGGGAACGGCUUAGCAUUCUUCAUCUUCUGCUUCCACACGCAGCCUUGGACAUCCAAUGUAGUGUUUCUGGUUUGCCUAGUCAUUGCCGACCUUCUCCUGGUCAUCAACCUGCCCCUUCGUGUGGACUAUUAUUUGCUGCAAGAGAAGUGGCGCUUUGGCACCAGUGUCUGCCAAAUCAACCUCUUCAUGAUAUCCACCAACCGCACGGCCAGUGUCGUCUUCCUCACGGCCAUAGCACUCAAUCGCUACCUGAAGGUGGUGCAACCCCACCAUGUGCUGAGCCAGGCCUCAGUGGGAGCAGCUGCCUGGGUGGCUGGGGGGCUCUGGGGGGGCAUACUGCUCCUCAAUGGGCACUUGCUCCUGCCCAUGAAUUCCAGCAGCACCUGCCUCAGCUACCAACUGGGCACAGACUCCUCGCCCUUACAGCACUGGCACGAGGCACUGUUCAUGCUGAAGUUCUUCCUGACACUGGUGCUCAUCCUCUUUGCAGUCGUGAGCAUGUGGCGGACCAUUCGGCGGCGUGGUCUGGGUGGGCAGGCGGGCCCGCGGAGGGCCAUGCAUGUGCUGGCUGUAGUUGUGGCAGUCUACACCAUCUGCUUCCUGCCCAGCAUCAUCUUUGGCAUUAUGACCGUGGUGGCCUUCCAGCUGCAUGCCUGUCGCACCUUCAACACCUGCUCACAGCUCUUCCAUGGCUCCCUGGCCUUCACCUACCUCAACAGCGUUCUGGAUCCCGUGCUGUACUGCUUCUCCAGCCCCAGCUUCCUCCGCCAGACCCAAGCCCUGCUGGGCCUCACCAGUUGCUGGCGGGGCUCUUUCAACAAGAAGUACCCGCCCUCUGCCCGGUGCCCGCAAGCCACUAGGAAGGCGGAGGCCACACUGAAGAUGAAGGCCUGGGGGUCUGCUGCAGGGAAGCAGUGGCCAGGCCACUCUCCGGACUGUGGCCAGCACAAUGUGCCCUAA